CGCACCGCAUCCAGUUUGGAUACCACAGUUGCGCUUGUAUGAUCUCAUUGGAUUAGUAAUGUUACCUUUUCAAUGAAUUUUCGAUCUUAUUUCAAUAGGAUAUAGAAGUAUAUUUGUUUGGCUAGAUUUUUAAUUGUUAGUAUCCUACUGUGGUAGCACCUAUGCCUGGUUAUUGCUUACAAUUGUCUGUAAUCUUAGAUUAUUUUGUGUUUUCGUUAAUUCCUUACAAAUCUAGGCCGUCUCGUCUUGUUAACAUAGCGCUCUAUUGAAUUGUGUGUGAUCUAAUUUAUAUCUGUGUUUCGCAAAUAAAACUGUCAGUCAACGUUAGGUUGUGGUUAAUGAGUAAACGAAGCGCUACUAUUUAUGUGAUAUGAAACCAAUCAAUCAAAGACUUCCCAGAUUGGAUUAAUCAAAAGAUGAAUACAGUGUCUAUAAUUCUAACUACUGUUGUGUGUGUCAAUUGAAAACAAACCAUACCGCUUUGGAAUAAGCCUUCAAAUUGCUAGCUCAAGUCACUCAUCUGUUUUUUAUAUACCUACCUAAGUAUUUAGGCACGAUUUAAUAUUAUAACUCAAACUGAAAUAUUAGCACAAUGAGUUUGUAUAAUUGGAUAUCUUUUGAUCGUAAUGAUUGCACUGGUAAUCAGUGGACAGAUAGGUAGGUGUGUGCUAUGCUGAUUACAUUACUUCAAGAUAAAAAAAAACGUCUUAUUUUGCGCUUGCAUUUGUGUGAUUAGUAGAAAGCUGCUGAUAUUAUUUACUUUGAUCCAUACACUUUAAAGUUUUUUUAACAACAUCUUCUGUUUUCCAAAUUGCGUGACAAACUACUCGACUGAUUUAGUAACUGGUGCAGAGAGUAUGCUAUUUGCAUAUUUUGAACUCAAACACAAUGUCAAAACAGAACUUAGACAAUGAUGCUUCCUCUGAAUGAAGUCCAUAUAAAGAUUGUGUGCGAAAGAUCGGUUUUAGCAAUAAGGCCGCCCAUUGUGGCUGUUUGUCUUCGAAAACAAAUUUCCACGGCCAAGAAUGUAAUACUUGUGUUACGGAGGGCUCCUCAAACAUUUAAUUCACAUCCACAAAUACAUCCACACCCAGGACAAGCAUUCGUGGAUCAUACAAAUAAUUGUCCUAAACGGGGAUCGAAUCCGCGACACGUUGCAUACAGUGGUUACCCUAACAACUCGGUCAUUUAGCUAUUUGUCUUUAUCGAAUCAUGAAUUUAUGUGGUGUGCUGUAUAGAAUAUCCUAUCUAUCUGUGUAACCAUAAUCUUUUGUCAGAUCAUACAAAUAAAUUUGAACUAAUCGACAUUCACGUUCAUGCACUUAGUUCAUCGCUGUUAAGGGACUUUUCAUACUGAUAUUUACAGCUCUAUUCAGCUCAUGUCCAUAGAAAACAAAGAUCUUUGAUGAAGAUAUAUACACUUCGAAUCAGCUAGAACAUACGACCCGUACGCUGAAUAGAGCUGAGAAAAUAUGGCGAACAACAAUCAGCGAAUGGAAAUGUCUGCAGUAGAAAUACAGCAAGAGUAUUAUGAAGCGAUUGGGGAUGCUGAUUGGGAGCUAUAUAAAAGGGCAGAUAGAAAAUAUCUUUUACAAAAGGUAGCAGUCGCGAUUUGUGGGCCACCAACCAAGGAAGGCAAUCUUGUGGACGGCGUGGAAGAAGUAAAUGGUCGACUGACACUCCAAGGUUACGAGAAACGUGAUGAAGAAACAUGUCUAAACGUAUUCAACAAGAUAUUAGAUCAAGCCAAAUAUUCAUUCAAUGGUCAAAACUUGGUAAUAUCUGUUCUACGGAUAGUAUGUGUUAUUCCAAGCCAAGAAGUACCAAUAUGGAAAAUUACUCCAAAAGACUAUUGGUUGAAUCUACAUAAGAAGAAAGGAGAUUCAGUUCACAUUUUAGUAUUUCACGUGUUCAGCGUAAGGAAGUGCAUUUCUAUGAAACCUGAAGUGAAAGGUUGUAGAGUAUACAUAGAUCAUGACGGAAGGGUCUAUGAAAAUUGGACGGCUUAUUUAUCAGAGAACAAGCUGCCGAAAUGUGUCAUGGUGGUCCCCCAAAAUGGAGAAUAUUCCGGUGUCAUAAAAGCGGGUGAAGAAAUACCUCAUGUGCAGCUUUCUGUGAUUGCGUCGCCAGAACUGGGUCCCAAGGCGGUGAUUAUUAACACUGCUGAUAAUUUGAGUACAGUGGCCAACAUUGGUGCUCUAGUCAGUAUUGUGGGAUCUGUGUUCGCUGCCCCCGCUGUAGCUCCUGUGAUGGUUACCGGGGCUAUAGGCGUUGGGGUUGUGACUGGAGUGUAUGGUAUAGCUCGAUCGAUCACGAAUUUGGUUGAUAGAGCUCAACAUGAUCAGACUAUUUACUUGUCGAAUUCAGAAGCUCGUUCAAGCUGGAUUAAUAUACUGGUAUCGUCAGUUGGCUUAUCCUUUGCCACGGCUGGGAAAUUAUUGACCUGGGUGGCUUCGUCAGGCAGGAACGUUAAGAUUCUUAUGUGUGCAUUGGACUUUUUGAAGUUUACUAAUCUUGCUACUGGGAUCAUUGGAGUAGCGAAUGGAUUGGGCGACAUGAUAUACAACUACGUCAAAUAUGGUGAAACUCCGACAAGAACAGAACUUUUCCAAUUCACGACGUCUGCCUUGUUCCUUGGCAUUGGAGUGAUGUCAAAUCAAACAGCGCAAGAAAUUGUGCAAGACGCACAAGCUAACAAAAUAAAUGAGAUCAGAGAUUCACUAGCGAGCAACAACAAAAGGAAAAUAUUCGACAAAGUAACAGCUGAAACUCGCAGAGUCAAGGGCACCAUUGAAGGCAACACAGAAGUCAUAAGGGCUCUUAAAAAAAUUGAAAACAAGGAUGACUUCUUUGGUAAACUAAGAAGAGUUAAUAAGUCGGUAAAUAAGAACAAAGUGAGGAUAUCACUGUCAGCAGAUGGAAAAGUGAUGGUGAACAACCAACACACAGUAUCUCUUUCAAAGAUAUACCAUAUGGGAGAGGAAGGUCGAAACCAACUUUUUGCUAAAUAUGGACCCGCAAAGGUAACAACAAAAAACGCUCCCACAAGAAUUUAUUCGUCGCGCACUGUAGGCGGCAACUCCAGCGUUACUGUCAAAGAGUUGGCAUGUUCCAUCCGACCAGAAGAAAUUAUGAAAAUUACAGCAUUUUUAAUUCAUUUGAGUAAGGCGGACCAAGAUGUUAUUUUAGAGUUACUUUCUAACAUAAGUGAAGUUUUGCAUGAUGGUUUUUUACUUCUGUGUGCAGAACUUAUCGCCUGUCUUGCACCAGCAGAAAUUGAAUACAUAGACUCAGUUUUUCCUGACUGGAAAGUAAGAGUUGUGUUAUUUGUUUUUCAAUACUUGAAAUCAAAGCUUCACUACGAUGAAGAAGACAGUGAGUUCAUGUCCAUACUUAAACAGUACAUACGUGAAGGCAGAAUAAGCAGAGAAAAGUUACUAAGACUGAAGGAAAAGUUAAUCAACUUUUUCUCUGAAUUAAAGAAAAGCGAUAGCUUAAAAAACAUGUAUUCUAAUGUUAAUGACAUUCUGAGGAAAAAUCUUAUGAACUUCAAAAUUCUGCGGUCUGAGCAAAAUCUACAUCUGGGACCUCACGUCAUAUUGAUUAAACAAGACACGCUUGAUAAUUUCGGAACAAGACUAGCACACUUGUCCCAAGAAAAAUGUGAUUUAUUUAUAGAAUUGUGUUUCUCAAUAAUAUCAGCUUUGAGCAAGGACCAAGUGUUACGAUUGAGGUUUUUGAACCCAGACGAGGAUGUAGUUAUGAAGGUGUCGCAAUUUUUGCUUGAAAAGUUCGAAUAUUACAUGGCAUGCAGAGAAAAGAUCGAUAAUAUCCUUAUCGAUUUGGCGAAGUAUGAUUUAAAUGCAUGGUGUUACCGCCAGCACGUCAGGGGACAUUACACAUGUAGCAAAUGCAAAGGUAUUACAUACUGUCAGACAUGAAAAGCGAUUUAAAUUAUUAUGUAUUUCUGUUCUAUUUGGUAAUGACCAGCCUUAAACAAUUUGUUUUUGUUCAGUCUUAAGCAUUUUAUAAUAUAUUUUAUCCUUUAUAUUAUAUCUAGUUAUAAGUCAAGCAGUAGGUUAGGUAUUACGUAGAUAUUAUAUUAUGACGUCGAUAAUCGUAUCAAAAUGUAUAAUUAUUUCAUAUUGUAAUCAUUUACUGUUACAUGUACACAUUAUAACUUGGCUGGCGUACUCCCGUGCCCCUAGAUAAAUUUACAAGUUUUUAUACUUUUUUCAUAUAUUUAUAAGCAGUAAAGGUGCUAUCAGUUAAUUACUAUGAUAAGGCUUGAAAAAAAACACAUUUGUAAUUUUUUGAUACAAUAAAGAUUAUGGCAAUAUUUACUAACAUAUAAAA